AUGUCACAUAGAGAAGAUUUAACAAUUAGUGAAGAUGGACAAUUUACAGCAGAAAGACCAAGAGGAGUUGAAUUUACAACAUUAAAUGAAUAUGAAAGAGAGAGUAAUAUGUUAUUAUUUACAGGUGUUUCAUAUUUAGGAGCAGGUCUUUCAGCAGGUAUAGCUGGUAUUUUUCAAGGUAUAUUAAAAGUUAAACCUAAACAAAAUUUCAAAGCUAAAAUCAAUACAAUUCUUUCAACUGCUGGCCCAAUCACAUCAAGAGGUGCCAAUACAACAGCCAGUACUGUUUUCACAUUUGGUAUGAUUAAACGUUUAAUAUACAGUGCAUACGAUAUUCAUGAAGAGGGUACCAUUUGUUCAACCAUUGCUGGUUUUACUGUUGGUUUACUCUAUAGUGCACCAAAAGGUAUCGUUAGAAGUUCAUUAGGUGGUGUUGUUGGUGCUACUAUCGGUUUCCUUAGUGCUUUAGGUACAAGAGAUGUUGUUGAUAAAUAA